GGUUCGAGUUUAAUUGAUCCUGAACCCAUCCCUAGCCCACCAGAGUUGGUGAACGAUAGUUUUGGGUUGGGUCUAAUUUCAGGUGUGCUCCUCAGCAUUGAAACUUUUCUCGCUGUGUAGCUCUUUUGUUUCAGGGGCAGUCAUUUGUUUUCCUUUAUUUCGCACUCUUUCCAGAACUCUCUUUCUCUCUCCGCAUACAAUCGCCCCUGAACACAGAAAUCAAACACUCUGGUACAAAAAGCUUCCUUAAUUCGAAAAAAUGGCGACUGUCAUGCAGAAAAUCAAAGAUAUCGAAGAUGAGAUGGCAAAGACCCAAAAGAAUAAGGCUACUUCACAACAUCUUGGACUGUUGAAGGCUAAACUUGCAAAGUUACGGAGGGAUCUUUUGACGCCCACAACGAAAGGAGGUGGUGGGGCUGGUGAAGGUUUUGACGUCACAAAAAGUGGAGAUGCGCGAGUUGGGUUGGUUGGCUUUCCAUCUGUUGGGAAAUCAACAUUGCUUAACAAGUUGACUGGGACUUUCUCUGAGGUUGCUUCUUAUGAAUUUACUACAUUGACUUGCAUUCCUGGAGUGAUAAUGUAUAGAGGAGCCAAAAUUCAGCUGUUGGACCUGCCAGGUAUCAUCGAGGGUGCCAAGGAUGGAAAAGGUAGAGGAAGGCAGGUCAUCAGUACUGCAAGGACAUGCAAUUGCAUAUUGAUUGUUCUUGAUGCAAUAAAGCCAAUAACUCACAAACGUCUUAUAGAAAAGGAGCUUGAAGGAUUUGGCAUAAGGUUGAACAAGGAGCCGCCCAAUUUAUCCUUCCGGAAGAAAGAAAAGGGUGGUAUCAAUUUGACCUCAACAGUUACUAAUACACAUUUGGAUCUGGAUACGGUGAAGGCAGUAUGCAGUGAAUACAGAAUUCACAAUGCUGAUAUCACUCUUAGAUUUGAUGCAACUGCAGACGAUCUCAUUGACGUUAUUGAGGGAAGUAGAGUUUAUAUGCCGUGCAUAUAUGUCAUAAACAAAAUUGAUCAGAUUACGCUUGAAGAGUUAGAAAUUCUGGAUAAACUUCCUCAUUACUGCCCAAUCAGUGCUCAUCUAGAAUGGAACCUUGAUGGUUUGCUGGAGAAGAUCUGGGAGUACCUGAACCUUACUCGUAUAUACACAAAACCGAAGGGGUUGAAUCCAGAUUAUAAUGACCCUGUCAUCCUUUCAUCCAGGAAGAGAACUGUGGAAGAUUUCUGUGAACGGAUUCACAAGGAUAUGGUCAAACAAUUUAAGAAUGCUCUCGUCUGGGGAUCGAGUGUGAAGCACAAGCCUCAAAGAGUUGGCAAGGAACAUGAACUCGAGGAUGAAGACGUGGUUCAAAUUAUCAAAAAGAUUUGAUUGAGCAUCUUUUAAAUGAAAUGAUGACCAGCACACAAUCCUGUAGAAAACGUUAUUUAGAGAAACAUUUUGGCAAAAGGUACAGAGGUCAUGUUUUUGAUGCAAACUUCAGGUCUCUUCUGUCUGUCAUGGAGGUUUUGGCUAGCAUGUACGUUUGUGUUUCCUGCGAUACAAAGCGGAGUGUUUCAGGAUGUACGUGUAGAACGGUUAAUAAACUUGAUGUUGGUAUCAGGUAUUAUGUCCUCAAUGUACCAAGAGUUAAAACACCAUGGGCGACUAUAGUUCUCCGUGGAACGUAUGAUCUUACUAUCAUCACCUUGUUCUGUUUCUGGAACUUUUUUGGGUUUGGAAUGUUUUCUUGGAUAUUAAUUAUCACUUCAUAGC